AAUAUUUUAAUAAAAUUAAUAAUUAUAAAUUUAAAUUAAAAAAUCAAAUACUUAAUUAAUUGUUAUAUAAAAUAUAACAUUGGAUAUGUGGAUAACACUGAAAUAAUUAUUUGAUAUGAUCCCAAAGACUUUAACUACGAGAUAUCAACCUGAAAGUCCAUUAGUCACAUGAGCUCUAUCAAAUCGAGAAUCCUUUAAAUGACACUCAAUCUAUAUGUGGAUCUAAUGAAUUUCACCACAGAGAGCAUCCUUUUAGAUUACGCGACAUACGAAUGGGGAAAUGUCACAGGGACAACGUUUUCAUUAAUCUCGUCGAAAACGACGACGACGACAACUACGACAACAAAUACGGCGAGGAUAACAGAGACGGAUACGACAACGACAACAACGGAUAUCGGAUCUCAAAAUGGCCUUGCAAUCUCUGCAUCGUCACCGCCAUUGCAAUCGGCAGCCUCAUCUCCGGCAGCUAUGGGACAGAUACAAAUUGGUCUAUAUGCAACAAUAUUCCUUCUGGCCAUUGUCGGGAAUAUCCUUGUGAUUUUAACACUCGUCCAAAAUCGUCGAAUGCGCACAAUAACAAACGUGUUCCUAUUGAAUCUUGCGGUGUCUGAUUUAUUGCUGGGAAUGCUAUGCAUACCCUUUACGCUAGUCGGAGCGAUGCUGAGAAAUUUCAUUUUCGGGGAAUUCAUGUGCAAAAUAUUGCCCUAUUUGCAAGCUUGUUCCGUAUCCGUUUCCGCAUGGACAUUGGUUGCCAUUUCCUGUGAACGUUAUUACGCCAUCUGUCAUCCGUUGCGCUCUCGAACGUGGCAAACUUUAAAACACGCAUAUAAGUUAAUUGCUCUGAUAUGGAUUUGCAGUUUAAUGUUUAUGGUGCCAAUUGCGGUUCUCAGCAAAUUAAUUCCCAUUGGAAAGGGUCACCAUAAAUGUCGUGAAUAUUGGCCACCCAGCGUCAAGCAAUACGAAAAAGCCUACAAUAUAUUUCUGGAUUUAAUCCUCUUAAUUAUUCCUGUAGUUGUGCUAACAGCAACGUAUUCCCUAAUCUCAAGGACUCUUUGGCAUGGGAUGCGAGCUGAGAAAGUCGCAAAGAGUACACAAUCUACAGACAAUCUAAUGGAGGUGUUUAUUAAUAAAAAUGGUUCACCAAGUAACCGGAGCUUCAUGUCCUACCGAACGACAUCUCGUGACAAUCUUGCAAACUAUACUCAAUAUGCAAACAAUUGCGUGCAAACGCCGACCACUUUCAAAGAAUUUUCCUAUUCAACAAGAAGAAAACAAGGUCUUCGGAGGACAAAUAUAGAAAAGAGCUUGCAGAACAAGAAACGUGUGAUAAAAAUGUUAUUUAUGGUUGUUUUAGAAUUCUUCAUCUGUUGGACUCCAUUGUAUACCAUCAAUACAAUUUCAAUGUUCAGCCCAUCAUUGGUUUAUCAAAAUUUGGGAUAUUCUGGAGUGAUUUUCUUUCAGCUUCUAGCCUAUUCGUCAAGCUGUUGUAAUCCAAUAACUUAUUGUUUCAUGAAUCGGGGUUUUCGAAAAGCAUUUUUGAAUUUAUUUCGUUGCUUCAAAAGAUUUCGUUCCCCAAAACGAAAAAUCAGCAUUGGAGAUGUUGCCACUCAAGACACUGACUUGGAAAUAAGUAAAUUUCAAUUCCAACAAAUAUGCAACGAUUCAACGUUAUCAUAUUGAUUAAGACCCAUUAAUUUUGAAUUGGCUCAGAGCUCAUAUUUUUAAGAGACUGCAUACCUACAAAAAAAUUAAAUAAAAUUUAAAAUUUGAAAUUGAUACAACAAAGAAUGGAAUCGAAUAUUAACAAAAGUUAAAUGAACUUCUUUUUCUAAAAAAAAAUAAAAAUAAAUUUAAAAACAUA